AAGCGCGCAGCUCGCACCCUAUCUCUGGAGAAUACACACACAUUCGGAUGGAUUGGGACGGAGCUAGGCCAAGAUCAUUUUUACACGGAAUCACUCGUCGUUCAUUUUGUAAGGCGGAUUUCCCGACCAGCGGGGAUUAAAACGUGCUAGAGCAUAUGUAUGAAGGGGGAAAGUAACGUACAGUAUGGUUCGGGAAACCAGACACCUUUGGGUGGGAAAUUUACCCGAACAUGUUCGAGAGGAGAAAAUUGUCGAACAUUUUAAACGCUAUGGACGCGUCGAGAGCGUCAAGGUCCUGCGGAAGCGUGGGUCGGAGGGCGGCGUGGCAGCCUUUGUGGAUUUUGUGGAUAUCAAAAGUGCACAGAAGGCUCACAAUGCUGUCAACAAGAUGGGGGACAGGGACCUGCGCACUGACUACAAUGAACCUGGGUCUGUCCCUAGUGCUGUUCGGGGCCUUGAUGACAACCCCCCCUCGAGCAGUCACGGGCGGGAUGUUUCAGGAUUCUCUAGGGGGGCAGUGGGUCCAGUGUUUGGCCCCCCAGUGUCCAUUCACACCAGAGAGGGGCGUUAUGAACGGAUAAGAGAUGGCUCAGAGAGCCGGGAGCGUGCAUAUGAUCACAGCCCCUAUGGACACCAUGAGCGCACUGGCACUUUUGAUAGACAGCGCCACUACAACGCAGACUAUUACCGUGAUCGCACCAUGUUUGCAGCUGGAGUUAGCCCUGGGCCUGGAAGUGCUGGCGCUAUGGGUGGGAGCUUUGAAACCCCGGAGCCUCAUUUUGAGUCCAGGAUCCGAGGAGAUCCCUUCACCUUGUCUAGUGCUGCGCGGCGCGACCCUUAUCGAGAUGACAGAGGGCGUCGUGUUGACAGAACUUACCAUCGCCGCAGUCGGUCAUCUCAUUCUUCACAAUCUCGACACCCCUCCCCGCAAAGGACCACGGGGCAAACGCCCAAAGCCCCACAUUCCCCCAAAAGAGCCCCCCUCUCCCCAGGUAGAGGUCCACGCUCUAGGUCCCGCAGUAGGUCCUCUAGCUCUGAUUCUGUCAGCAGCACCAGCAGUACUGGCAGUGGCAGCAGCGAUUCAAACAGCAGCUCAAGUGAUGGGUCUCAUGCACGCUCUGUUCAGUCCUCUGCUACACAUGCACCCCCCUCUCAGCCGUGCUCUAUGGUGAUGGAAGGUGACGAACCACGCAGAAGCUUUGGCAUCAGGGUGCAGAACCUACCAGUGCGCUCCACAGACACAAGUUUAAAAGAUGGACUGUUCCAUGAGUUCAAGAAACAUGGGAAAGUGACAUCCGUGCAGAUCCACGGGGCCUUGGAGGACCGAUAUGGUCUGGUGUUCUUCAGACAGCAGGAAGACCAAGAGAAAGCCCUCAACGUCUCCAAAGGAAAGCUUUUCUUCGGCAUGAUGAUCGAGGUUUCUGCCUGGAACGGCCCUGAAACAGAGAGUGAGAAUGAAUUCAGGCCUUUGGAUGGACGGAUUGAUGAAUUCCACCCCAAGGCGACUAGGACCCUGUUUAUCGGCAACUUGGAGAAGACCACCAGUUACCAACAACUCCUUGAUAUCUUUCAGCGCUUUGGAGAGAUUGUGGAUAUUGACAUUAAAAAGGUUAAUGGUGUUCCUCAAUACGCCUUUGUGCAGUAUUCUGAUAUUGUCAGUGUCUGCAAAGCUAUAAAGAAGAUGGAUGGAGAGUAUUUGGGGAGCAACCGGCUCAAGCUGGGGUUUGGGAAGAGUAUGCCCACAACAUGUGUUUGGCUGGACGGUUUGGCUUCCAACAUAACAGAGCAAUAUCUCACACGUCACUUCUGCCGCUAUGGACAUGUAGUCAAGGUGGUGUUUGACAGGUUGAAGGGGAUGGCUCUCAUCUUGUAUAACAACACAGAUUUUGCACAGGCAGCUGUCAGGGAGACCAAAGGCUGGAAGAUUGGCGGCAACAAAAUUAAGGUGGAUUUUGCCAGCCAAGAGAGUCAGAUGGCUUUUUAUCGCUCUAUGCAGGCCUCUGGGCAAGACAUUAGAGACUUCUACGAAAUUCCAACUGAAAGACGAGAGGAACGACCAAGACCUCCAUACCAUGAGUUCUCAGCAGAAAGAGCCUACUUUGAGAAUGCACGCACCCCUGGCACCAUUUACCCCGAAGAUCCUCGCCGAGACUAUCGCCGCAGCCGUGAGCGGUAUUCUGAAUUGGAGCACUACCAGGGAGAACACUUUGACCCACGCUACCAUGAAGACCCCCGGGAGUUCAGGGAUCGAGAUCCUUUUGAGCAGGACAUUCGAAAUACACAUACAUGAGAGGAGCGAGAAAGAGAGCGGGAGCGCUUUGAGGCAGACCAUGGCAUGUGGAGCCCCUCUCAUCCACGGCGCCAUCACCCUUCUGCCUCCCCUUCACCAUCUGAGCGUGCUCCCAGAGCAGAGCGACGGGUCUACAGUCAAUCCUCUGAGCGAAGUGGUAGUUGCAUACUCUCACCACCACGCUUUGACAAGACUGACAAGGCGCUCCAUUGGAAAUGGAGCCAGUCUAAGAGUGAGAGGUUGGAAAAAGACAUCCACCUGGUCGAACCUGAGCGUGUUGCUGGGGCUGAGAAGAGCAAGCGGGGGAGACGAAAGGAGAAAGGUGACAAAGAAAAAGGGGAGAAGAGUAAGUCAAGGAAAGCAAAGGUGCAAUCCAGCAUCCCACCGUCUGAGACAGAGCUAGAACCCAGUCUGGAUGGAGGCUCUGGAAGGGGAAAGGUGUCAGACCAAGACAGCCUUGACAGACAGAGAUAUAAAGGUGACAACGACCCUCCUCCUUCGAUCCGACAACGUCAACCUCUCAGUUACCGCAAACAGAUGGAGCAAAGGAGGCUCCACCAACAGCUUCAAGAGCCAGACAAACAAGAAAAGCUGGGAGUCCACAAAGGCUUAGAAACGGAGGACCUUGAACACCGCAGUCUGGUACAUGAAGUGGGCAAGCCACCUCAAGAUGUCACCGAUCAUUUCCCUUCUCAUAAACUCAAGAAACUAGAGCAAUUUGACGCAGAUAUCAGUGCCAAGAGGGGGACCGUGUCUACAGGAGCUUCCGGCAAAAGAGUGAAGAUCCUGAGUGGCACAACACUGCAUCUCCAGGCUUGCAACACUUCUCUCAUCAUGCUGAGCAGGACUUUGCGGAAUCUUCACAUCUCAGGGAGGUUAAAACGGAGGAUAAAGCCACCCAGACCUGGAGCUGGCAGUCAAAAGGACACAUACAACGCAAAUGUCCAAGCCAAACACUCCUUUACAACUUAGUGAAGAAGAGCGGGAAAAACGUUGGGAGAGCAGAGUCAAGCAAGAUUUUUUACCGACUUAAACUUCACCAGAGGCAUUGGAAAAAAUACACACAAUCGCAAGCGUUUGGAGUAUGGAAUUUUACAUGAUUUGGAGCCUGGGGAAGUACGAUCCGAUUCUGAAGAGGAUAGAGAACACAAACCACAUUCUCCUAUGCCCUCCACUUCUAUGCCUUUCUCUGACAGGCAACGGUGGACAGAUUUUCAGACCCCAAGCUUGACUUUGGAGAGGAUGAAGUUCUACUCCUUUGCACUUGAACAGACCAUCACACCAGAUACCAAGGCCCUGCUAGAGCGAGCAAAGUCUCUGUCCUCCUCUAGGGAGGACAACUGGUCUUUUUUGGAUUAUGAUUCACACUUUGCUGGUUUGCGCAGCAGGAAAGAUACUGAAAAGGUUGAGUCAGCACCACGGCCUACACCCUCUUGGUACAUGAAGAAGAAGAAAAUUCGCAGUGGUGGGUCUGAAGACAAACUAGAUGACAGGAAGGAAGACCCCAAGCCCAAGCCAGAGGAACAUGAACGCAGGGAACUGUUUGUCCGUUUCCUACACAGCUCAAUCUUUGAACAGGACUCAAGACGUCUUCAGCACCUUGAGCGAAAGCAUGAGGACCCUGAGCAAAGUCAGGCUCAACAAACUGGUCAGCAAGGCCUGGCAGAUGGGCAGCCUGACACAGAACCAGUUGUCCUCUUCCAUAGCCGCUUUUUGGAGUUCACGCGGCUGCAACAGCAGAAAGACCAACAGUUACAGGAAGUAAAAAGAGCAAAUUCCAUAUUUCCCAUUCCCCACUUAUGCCCAAGGAGAUGUCUCCACCUAAGCAAAUGUCUCUACCCCUUCCACCCAAAGGGAUGUCUCCACCCAGGGGAUGUCUCACCCCCUUCACCCAAGGAAAUGUCUCCACCCAAGCAGGUGGCUCCAGCCUUCCACCCAAAGAAAUGUCUCCACCCAAGGAUGUCUCCCCCUUCCACCCAAGGAAAUGUCUCCACCCCUUCCACCCAAGGAAAUGUUCUCCACCCCUUCCACCCAAGCACAUGUCUCCACCCUUCCACCCAAGGAAAUUGUCUCCACCCAAGCAUACGUCUCCACCUCUUCCACCUAAGGAAAUGUCUCCACCCAAGCAAUACGUCUCCACCCCUUCCACCCAAGGAAAUGUCUCCACCCCUUCCACCCAAGGAAAUGUCUCCACCCCUUCCACCCAAGGAAAUGUCUCCACCCAAGGAAAUGUCUCCACCCCUUCCACCCAAGGAAAUGUCUCCACCCCUUCCACCCAAGGAAAUGUCUCCACCUCUUCCACCCAAAGAGAUGUCUCCACCUCUUCCACCCAAAGAGGUGUCUCCACCCAAAGAGAUGUCUCCACCUCUUCCACACAAAGAGGUGUCUCCACCCAAAGAGAUGUCUCCAACAGUGGAAACAAAUGACAUGUUUACUCCAGAGCCAAGGGGUCCAGAGCCAGCUGCCCCAGAACCUUUGACAAAGGAAAACAGAGAAAAUGAACAGCUCCCUCCCCUCCUGCAAAUAUCUCCCUGUGAGAUGUUGCCCCCUGCUUCUGUUAAUUUAGCAGCCCCUGAGCACAUCCGUUCUGUGAGAAAAGUUAAAAGAUCCCCUAGUGAAGAGAAAUCUGAAGAUAUAGCUCAGGAUGUUAAAAUGUUGAACCCUGAGCAGUCUUCCAGCAGUGAUUGCCUUCAUGAAACAUCAGUGAGUAGUUUUGUACCAGAGCCUGAGCUGGUACCUCCUGAAUUACCACCUGAAUUCUUAAGUUCCACACCACCUAACCCUGUUGAGGAGAUGGAGGUUUCAAAAGAUGAUACCAACACUGACAAUACAGACACUCAUACAGAGGUGGAAAAGAAACAUGAACUCAAUCAGACCCAGGUGCUUGUUGAUAAUGAAACCAGUGAUGAGUCAAUUUCACCACCUCAGAAGUCCAAGAACAAAAAGAGUAAGUCUCCUACUCAAGUCCCACUGACUCCUUUGAUUUCAACAACUAGUUCAGAGAAACCGCUUACCCGCAAGAGUGAACGCACAAAACGUGCAUCAUCCCCUAGAGCAGAGUCUUCAAAGGGAAGCUCAGAUUCCAAAUCCACAGGCAAGUCUCCCAUACAUGGAGCAGACCCUGAACAUGGCACAGAGCAGAGUAUAUCUGUUGGAAGAGCAAGGCGUAGAAAUGUGAAAUCUGUGUAUGCCACCCCAGUUGAGGAAGAUGCCACUAAGGGGGCUGGAAAGGAUGUAACUGAGUCACCCCGCACUGCACGGAAGCGAGGUGGAGACAAAGACAAGGAAGCAGCCCCUCAGCAACCGUUAGAGCAGGAUUCCCUUGCGCCUAUUACUUCAAGGCGGGGACGUCCCCCUAAGAAUCGGCGACAAGGAGAGGACAUGUUAACAGCUAAAGGGGAUAGAUCAAAAAUAGACACCAAGGAUACAGACUCCAAUGAAUCAGAGAGUAGUGAAAGAAUUUCAAAAGUGUCAAAAGGCAGACAUUCUCCUCAUGGUCAUAAAGCUUUGGCAAGUCAAUUACCCAUGCCCAUAGCGACUGGAUCAAGUAGGAAGGGGGACAAAACUGAGCCACCUGAAGAUGUUUCUCAGCAGAUGGAUUUUACAGAAGACAGUUUGGCCAUGCAGGAUUCCACUGUCUCGUGUAAGGAAGAUACUGUAGCACCAGUUGUGACAAAGAAAGAGGAGAAUGUUAAGCAACAACUAGGAACAGAGAAACCACGAGAUAAAGACAGGCAGAAAAAGGACCCUGUUGACGAGAAAGCCAGUGGAACUAAAUUUGGUGAGAAAGAGUCUGAACCACCAAUCGUGGAAGAACUGCCUGUAUUGGAGAAAAUGGAGAAGAGUGGGAGAGGAAAAGCUCCACGCUUGACACGGACUCCAAAAUCUCCUGUCCUCAAGAACCUGAAGAUCAGACUAAAUGUCACUGAGGUGAAAGAUUUGCUUCAAAUGGGGGAUGAGGAACCUGAAAAUGGGGAUGAUUCUUCUAAAAAGACCAAACCAGGCGAAUCUACUAAUGACCCAUUAUUAGAGUCUAGUCCAGGAAAAGAUGUGAGUUCUAGCAACGAGGAUAAAGAUGAGAGCACACCAGAAACUAAGCCUCCAAUAGAUCCUAAAACUUUGCUACAACAGGAACAGGAGCUUGAGCAAGCUGUGGAGAACAUUGCUAAACUGACAGACCCAACCCUCCCAGCAGAGUCACCAACUCCACUUGCCCCACCAUCUGCAGAAUUAAAAAUUGAGACUGAGGAAGAGAAAUCUGCCAAUCCUGCUAGUGAGUAUGAACUUGCUGCUGCCAUUGAUUCGAUUAUGGGUGAGGAUAUACCCGUCCCUCUGCCUCAAGAGCCGGUAAUUAGUGCUGUUGUGGAUUCAGACCUAGAGAUUCCAUCCUUCGUCCAGCCGACCAAGGGAGCUGAACCUGCGAGUAACAUAUCCCCUAUUCAGGGGGAGUCCUUUUUCCCAACUACACCCAGGAAGGGUGCUAAGGGCAGAGCUAAAACACCGAAACGGUCUAAGAGCCAAAAAUCAAGCAAAAAGGACGCUGUAAAAGAAAUUUCAUCAGAACCGGAGAGCACCUCUGUUAUCACAUCAGACAGCAUACCCUCCAAUUCACAGCCUGUUCCAGAAACUAUUCCCUCAACCUCAGCUGCAGGUGUCAUUACAACCACCUCUUGGAAGCCUAAAACGGAGCAUUUGGCUCCUAAGGCUACGGACAUGCCUAAAGAAUCGAAGUUACCUCCAGUCCUUACAGAGCAACCUCCACCUCAACAUCUGAAACCUGUCUGCCUCCCAACCAAAAGUCCCACUCUCCCCAAGCCUCAACAACAACCACCACCACCUGAGUGCAUCUCACCUUCACUUUCUCCACCCCCAACCCGGCCAAACAUCAGGCCCACACAGCUAAGCAGGAUCCCAGUUUCCCCACCAGAUUGGCUCAACCAGUCCAAGGACGUAGGUGUCCCUUCCUCUCCUAGAGCAUCAGCAGCUUCCUUUGAGAACCCAGCAAUUCCCCCUGACACUGAGCCCAUGGAGACUGAGCGUAACAACAGUGACUUGCGUAGGAUUCUCAUGAAGCACAAAAAUGUUUCACUCCCAGUCCCAUGCAGUAGUUCUGUUCCUAGCAAUUUGGGCACCUUAUCCCUUAGGGAUCCUCCACACCUACCUGAAAGUAAUACCCCAAUGGUUGCUGUGACUAGUAAGACCUCUCUUAAUGACAACAGGCCUCAUCCAGCUCAGUCUGUAGUCCGGCCCCCAGCCUCACUACCAUCCCCUGAGUCAAAGUCGGUCAUUUCUGUUAUCGCCUCCACUGCCACCUCUGUUAUCAGUCGUGUUUGCAAUCCACCUGACAUGGAGAAGGUUAUUAUGUCCGUUGACAGAAAUCCCGUAGUGGACAUGCCACUUCCCAAGCAGACAUACAGGCCGCCCAGCAUGGAGGACCGGGACAGUGGUUCGUACCAUGGACCAUCAGUUGGCGAGGAGGGUGGAAGUGCUGGGAGGUACUUGGUUGAGAGCUCCGGUCUGGGUACAGGCUCCAGCCCAGGUCUAAGGGUGAAUACCUCAGAGGGAGUGGUGGUGUUGAGUCACUCAGGACAGAUCAAGGAGGGACCACAGAGGAUAAGUGCCAAAAUCAGCCAGAUCCCACCAGCUACUGUAGUUGACAUGGAAUCUCAGCAGCUAGUGUCCAUGCCCCAGAUAAAACAGGAGAUGUAUACCCACUCCCAGUCAAACACUCCAAAGUGUCCUCCAAUACAGACAGACCAUGGGCACCUUAAGACGCAACAAACGGUUUCCUCCAUUAAACAAGAAAACACUGGUAUGGAAAAGUUAGACUCUCCCUACCCAUCAGGACCUCAAGGAGGAGUCGUGAAGAGGCUCCAGCAGACAGUUAAUAAUCCACAAGUAAUGGGUUACCAUCAUUCAGAGUUCACAAUGUUAUUGAAGCAUCCAAAGAAAGUGGAUGGGGCUGACACUAUGAACGCUGACGGGUGUAAACCAUCUUGGACCUCUGCCAUAAGUCCUGCAAUGAGCCCCCACCUGCCCUCUCCGGCUGGCAACCACGUAGGCUUUGUUUCCGGUUCGGCCACUGACAGAACACCCUCACAUCUCAGUGGGGUCAAACAGGAGCCCCGUUCUCCUCGCAAGUCAGGCCAUCCACAUUCUCCGUUCACUAAAGUGUCCUCUCCCAUCGGCUCCUCCUCUCCCAAAGGCCUCCCUGGGAUGCUGCCCUCUGGCCUGCCCGCCAUGCAGCAGUAUGUCACCAGUGUCCACCACCCUGAGCAGUCUGUCAUCAUGCAACCUCACAGUGCUCACGGUGGCAUUGGAAGGAUGUCACCCCAUCGUGCCUCCCAAGCAAUCCCCAUGGGACACCUUGUUCAAGGAGAGGGCAGGGUGAACACGCCACCCCUAUCUGUCAUGAGUUUCGGGAUGCAUGGAGACCCUCUUGCCUCUCCCUGGUCUGGUCCUCUCCAGCAACGCCCCACCUCGCCCCAGGCGGUAGGCAGAGACAUAGUCCUCAAGGUUAACCCUGGGAAUGUGAGGGGCCAUGAGGGAGAGCAAGACGAUGCCAGGCGCUUCCAUCAGGCCGCAGGGAGACAGUCUGCCACACAGCUGAAAGCAGAGACUAUGCAGCCGGAUCCCCGUGGGGCUCUACAUAGCGGGCUGCAGCUGGACCCAUACAUGUCGCCCAGGGACUUGCGUGUGCUCAUGCACCACCCUCAGGGAGAGCGCUCGGCCCCAGAGCCACACCAGGGACACAUCCAAGAGACUGUCCCAACCUCCUCAACAUCUACCAACAUCGCCUCGUCGAUGUCCCCCAGGGCACAUCUGCUGGCUAAAGGUGUGUCCGAGAAGGAUGUCACAAAGCCACAGGAGGUCAAGAGGCCACACUCUCCUCUGAAGGAUGGGAUGAUGGGGUUUCGGCCAAGUAUGGCCGCCAUGGCGUCCCCCCAAAGGGUGCAGCUGCUGCCAUCAGGGACGGGAGCUUCUUUCUCUGAGUAUCCAGGAAUUUACACCAACACCCGGGCCAUCCAUUCACAAAUCACUGAGACCUCUCCUUUUGGGAUCAACCAGGUACCUCUCAACAUCACUUCUGCCUUAGGUGCAGAUCCCAGCCAGUCACAAGCUGAUGUCAAGGUGAAACAAGUUGGACAGCAACCUGUGAACAUGGUGCAGCUGCUCACGAAGUACCCGAUAGUGUGGCAAGGGCUGCUGGCACUGAAAAAUGACCAGGCUGCUGUCCAGUUGCAUUUUGUCUGUGGCAACAAAGGAUUGGCUCUACGGUCACUGCCCCUACCAGAGGGAGGAUCGCUGCUUCGGAUCGUCCAGAGAAUGAGACUCGAGGCGUCACAACUGGAUGGUGUGGCUAGAAGAAUGACAGGGGAGAGUGAGUUCUGUCUCCUGCUAGCUCUGCCAUGUGGACGGGACCAGGAGGAUGUCCUGAACCAGACCCAGGCCCUAAGAACCGCUUUCAUCAACUACCUACAGGCCAAGCUGGCAGCAGGCAUCAUCAAUGUCCCCAACCCAGGCUCCAAUCAGCCUGCCUACGUGUUGCAGAUAUUCCCACCAUGUGAGUUUUCAGAGAGCCACCUAUCCCGGCUAGCCCCUGACCUCCUCAACCGGAUCUCCAAUAUCUCCCCUCACCUCAUGAUUGUCAUCACCUCUGUGUAACAACCCACCCCCCUCUAGCGGGGAAAAGGAAAUACAUCUUCUUAUUAGUGGAUGUACACCAAGUUGAGCCUCAGGAAACAAGAGGAAUGGCAGGAUCUUUGCUCCUGGAGACACUGGGAACAUUUGGGAAUAACGUCCUAUUCAAACUUUUUCCAAGUCACGUCUUUUUCUCUUUUUUUUUCACACCUGUCUGGUAUUUUUGUCCUUCUCAAAAGAGCGAGCUCAGGGAUGGACUAGACCAGAACCCUAUAUCUCUGCUGUAUUUGUAUUUAUUGGGGAGUUUUAUUUUUACGUAGGGAGUUACUUUGAAGAAAAAAUGUUGAUGUUUGAUGAAUAAGAAGAAUGAGUGACUUCGUGGGUGGCCUUUUAUUCUUCAUUUUUUUAAUGAUUGCUGUUCAUUUUUUAAAUUCUUCAUAAGAAAGGAUCAUGGAAGCCAUUAAACAAUGGCAAAAAUAGACAUUUCAACGUGUAUUUUUAAGUACAGUGAUUAUGUACAAACAAACUUCAUUGUUCAGCCUUUCCCAUAGAGGAAGAAGGAACUUUAAAAAACUUUUAGGGCACGUCUCAAAUGGCACCCUAUUUCUUAUAUGGUGCAGUACUUUGUGCCCUGGUCAAAAGUAAUGCACAAUAUGAGGAUAGGGUGCUAUUUGGGACGCACUGAGAUCUUGUAGAGAGGACUGUGUCAGCCUAACAAACCCCUUUUGAUUCCACCAGCUCUGCUGUUCCAUUUCUCUACUUAAAUAAGACAAGGCUGUUCCCUUCCAUCUGUUUCCGCAUUAUACGACCAACAGUGGGAUUUAGGAGUUUUUGGAAUACUGGACUCUGUAAAUAUUUUAAAUAUUUAAAACUGACAAACUAGAACUUGUGACAACUUGACACCAAGUGACUUCCAGCCAACCAUGGAAAUACAAGAUGGUAAGGUGGGAUGAAUUAAUUGGGGGUGUAAGGAAGGACUGAGGGAAACCCCUUGGUUUUGUGGUGUAAAUACUUGUGACACAGCAGGUUGGAAAACUUGUGUGGAGUUUGCUGAGGGCACUUCACAUUUUGUUACUCAAAUAAAAAAUUAAUCCAGAAAACUAAAACAGUCAUGAGCUCUUUCAUCUGGAUGUUUUUUUCUUCUUGUUUCUCUUUGAGAUGCUGUCUGUUUGAAAUAAAUAUUUGAACAUUG